UUUAUUUUGAUGACGAAUCUGCUGAAGUUGUUAUAUCAUCUCUAAGGCUUGGUGAUGAACAGGCGAACAAUUUAUUUACAAACUCGAACUGGUUCACGUUCCAAGGAGAUGAAUUGGGCGAAAACACAGGAACAGGAGCAAUAUCUUCUGAGGAAACAAUGGAAGAUGUAAGCUUGAAUGAAACUUCCGGUGGUGGAGAUGAAGAAGACGAAGACUGUUUGAUUACAGAAAGUAAGAACCCUUUUGUCGACUCAGCUGCAGCCACAGCCUCAACCUCAGAAGCAGUCCCUGUAGACGCCGAUAUUGAGAUUGAUGAAGAUGUGGGUUCAGAUGAAUUGUCUCCCGAAUGGGUUAAACGUGGUGAAUCCUCUUCAUCCACUACACCAGACACAGUAGAUCCGUUCCCGGAAGACGACGUGAAGAUGCCUGAUGUGAGAAUCCCAAACGGUUCUUCAUCUUCAGAAGGCGAUAUCAGCCCGAGAUCACCUCCUGUGCCUUCAUUGUUUGGAAAGGACGUUGAGUUUGUGGGAGUUGAGCCAGAAGGAACUGAAAGGGCAAUGGAUCAAGCUCUCAAGGAAGGCAUAGUGGGAGAAGCAGGGCCAAUGAAGAGGAACACCACAACAGCCUCCCCUGGAAAGGAGAGCCCCGAUGAUAGUAUGCAGGAGUACAACGACACUAACUACUGGAAGGUUGAUCAGGAGGUGACUGUAGUUGAAUGACGUGACACAAAUCGUUGUUUGAAGGAUUGAUGACGUGGGACAAUCAUUGUCUGAAGGAUUUCCCAGACAGACCGGGAAGGGAAGGUACGUGUGAAUGUACAGCACUACUAAGUCUAAAGUCUUAAGUCUAAGUCUAAGUCAUCUUUUGUUUUUUAUUUCUGCAUAUUUUACCAAGUGACUGAUAUGCUCUUUUAGGUUUUUACAAGUUUGGAUGCUUUUGUUAUAUGCCUAUCAAGGAUUUAUUUUACUCAGUUUUUCGUAUUACGUUUGACUAUUUGAUUAUUGGGACUCUUGUUGUAAAGACUUUCGUGAGGGUUGCACUUUCUUGGAUAAUAAAAAACUCUGAAUUUAAUGUC